AUGACUACUGGAGAGAUGACGAUCGCAGAGAUGAAAGCGGCUUACGAGAAAGCCCAAGCCGAGCUAGCCCAAGAGAGGGCAUCCAAUGAAACCCUCCAGAAAGAGCUCGAAUCCGUGAAAAGCAACAAGCACCAGUCCCGCUACAAAGGUGGGAAGCCAAAAAAGCUGACGUUCGAGAUGCCCGAUGACUUCGAAGAUAUGACCGAUGAGGAGGAGACCCGUGAGGAAGAAGACGGAGAAGCUCCCGAUCCGGUGACCCAGCGCCUGAACAAGAUGGACGCACGCAUGACGAAGCACUACUCUCGCCUGAUGAAGUUGAUGACCAAGUUUCCCGGAGCACCUACGCCCGUGGAGACCGAGCCAACCGACGGGUACGCAGCGUCGCCGUUCUGUGAAGCGAUCGCUAGAGUGACAGUUCCGCACACGCUCCGACUCCCUACCUGGACCACCCUGUACGACGGGACAUCCGACCCCUACAGGCACGUCAACUUCUACAAGCAGCGCAUGUGGCAGAUCGGGAUCCCAUACGACCUAGUGGAGCCUGUCAUGUGCAAAUCUUUCGGCGGCACCCUUGAUGGAGCAGCUUUGGAAUGGCUCACGAACGUCCCUCCCGGAUCCAUCUCCUGUUUGUCCGAACUCAUCAACGCCUUCUACCAACAGUUCGCCAGCAGCCGCCAGUUGGAGAAACAAACCAGUGAUCUCUAUCGGACUGCUAUUGAGGCGUUCAAAAGAGGCCUCAUCCCCAAUUCGGAGUUAUACCGGGAAAUAACCAAAUACCCCUGUGCAACUUUCGAAGAGGUGCGAUCAAGGGCCACCGCCCAGAUGCGAAUCGAAGACGACGAGGUCAUCCGAACAGCAUCUCAACGGUCGACAGGGGGCAGCAGCGACAGAAGAUCGAAUGAGCGGGUCGAACACCCUAACAUCUCCGACUACGGCUUCAACGUCGACAUCGGAGGUGUGGUGAACGCCCUUCAAAAUGUAGGUGGAACAGUCAGAUGGCCCCGGAAGAGCGACAGACCGGACUCCAUGAAGAACAUGAGCAAAUGGUGCUACUUCCACCGCGACAACGGCCACACAACCGAGGAGUGCAUCUCCCUCAAAAAGGAGGUCGCAUACCUCCUGAAACGGGGGCAUCUAAAAGAGCUGUUGAGCGACAAGGGAAAAGAAACGUUCUCCAAAGAGCAAACCACCCUGCCCGGCCCAACAAUAAGCAGCGAGCGACCAGACCCACCACCGUUCAAUAAAGUGGUAAACGUCAUUUCCGGUGGUUCAGAUAUUUGUGGACUAACUUCUUUUGCAGCUAAAAAAAUUAACAGGGGAGAAUCUGAAACCAUGGAAGAGGGGCAAACCGAAGACGAGGUCGCACUGCACAAGUCCCUGACCGCAAUGGCUAUCACUUUCGACGACUCAGAUUCUGUAGAUACACAGCGGGAACAUCACGACGGGUUGGUAAUAUCGCUCCCAAUAGGGAACGCUUUGAUAAAAAGGAUACUGGUCGACAACGGAAGCUCAGCCAACGUACUGUUCUUGGAAGCACUACAAGAAAUGGGAUUAGAAGAGAAAAAUAUUGUAAGGAGAUCAACAGUUCUGGUAGGAUUCAGUGGAGAGGCACUACGGACAGUAGGAGAGAUAUUGCUGCCUACAUACGCAGAAGGCGUCAACAUGAUGACCAAGUUCAACGUCGUCGAUUGUCCAUCAGCGUACAACGUCAUCCUAGGACGACCAUGGAUCCACAAAAUGAAGGCAGUACCAUCAACAUACCACCAAUCAAUCAAGUUUCCAACCAAAUGGGGGGUCAUGGAAAUCAAAGGACAACAAAGAGAUGCGAAGAAAUGUUAUGAGACGGCACUGAAACCAUCCAAGUCGUCCAUCUAG